AUGAAGACUGAACAACAUGAACCCAACCAAAAACCGAGAGGAUCUCAGGUGCUCCGAAAAGCAAAUGAUUGUGGUGGUAAAAACACAGGCCAUGGUCCUUUUAAAGGAAAACAAUUUCUGGAUGGCAAAUUAAAAGGUUUUGGAAUUAUUGCUACAUCUAGACCUUUUAGAUUUGGUUGUUGUGGUACAAUUAAAAAAUGGCGAGCUGUAACGAAAGGUCCCGGGGAAGUAAUAUUCCAAGUAUGGAGACAUUCCGACAAGAAAAAUCAUUACAUACUGAUUGGACAGAACCUUGUCAAGUUCGAUAAGGCUGGGGAUACAACAGUGGACAUACCACAAAGCGAAAGAAUUUCCGUUGACAAGGGUGACUACAUAGGAUGGUAUACAGUAACAGAAGCUUUCAUUGUGCACGAAGAAAAUGUAGGCAGCAAAGAUCAUCAUAUAAUAGAAAAUAUGCCGGUUCCAGUUGAAGGACAAGAUAUUGACUGGUCUAAAAAUAAAGUCAAAGAAAAAAGAAUAUACGCAGUUGAAGCAAUGGGAGAAGACAGUGUGGCACCAAGUUUUAAGAAUUUGCCAUUCACCAAGGUCAUAACAAAAGCUGAAGUGGAUAGUAUGACUGACCCAAUGAAUGUUUACGACGUACAAGGCACGGAUCCUGACAAACAAGACAUUCCUACAUUAUUGGUUCAUCUAGAAGCAGUGAAUGCAUACUUUCAGAUAAGAAAGAAUACAAGUAUGGUUCUUAUGGUGAAGCACGCUCCGUUGGGAAGUCAUGUACUAAAGAUAGAAGUAAAGGAUACAUGUGGUAAAAACAAAAUCGACGAACUGACUGUAGAAAUAAAAGAUGAUUCUCCUACAGACGCACCUUCAGUAGUAACUAAAGCACCAACAGUACCUACCACAACUCCCGAUGAUUAUUAUAAUUAUGAUGAUCAUGAUGGUGAUGACAAUAGCGCUGUAAGUGGUACUGCUGCACCUGCAUCAGGCACUCUACAAGAUUUUGAGUGGGAUUGGCUUGUUGCUGUUUUAAUUGUAGCAGGAUUGAUAAUUUUACUUGCAGCACUUAUUUUCAUCUUCCAUAAGAACGGGUGGCUACAUAAACAUCACAGAACUAUGCCAAUGAGGAAAAAUCCAAAGGAUGUUGAAAGUUCCGAUGGUCUUAAAACUGAGACAAAAAUAGAUGACCUAAAUAAGCCUGAAAACAAACCGGAUGUCACAAGUAACAAUGGCACAAAACCAAAUGAUGCUGCAAAACCAAAACCAGAUACAACAAAAUCGAAAUAUUCCAAAUCUAAAUAUUAA